GCCUGCCUAUCACCCUCAAGGCCUCAACUACAUCCCAGCGGAAGCGGCCGGUCGAUUCGAUUCCCGAGGGAGACCGCCGCCGCCGCCGACCCACCCGACCCGACCCCUCCCUCGCUGACCUCCGCCGUCGCCGGAGGCGAAGCGAGCGCAAAGGAGGCCGCAGAAGAAUUAGGUGGUGAAAUCACUCGGAGAACUGUGCAAUAGUUUCAAUGGCUGCUACAAAGCUUCAGGCCUUUUGGAACCAUCCCGCUGGCCCCAAAACCAUUCAUUUCUGGGCGCCAACGUUCAAAUGGGGUAUCAGCAUUGCCAACAUUGCUGACUUUGCUAAGCCACCUGAAAAGAUAUCUUAUCCUCAGCAAAUUGCUGUUACUUGUACUGGACUCAUUUGGUCAAGGUACAGCUUGGUUAUCACACCGAAAAACUGGAACCUUUUCAGCGUUAAUGUUGCAAUGGCUGGUACGGGCCUGUAUCAGCUUUCGCGGAAGAUAAAGCAAGAUUACUUAUCUGGUGAGAAGGAAGCUGCUCCACAACUGGAAGCAUAAUGACAACAACAGACCAGAAUAACUUGCUAUAUGUUCCAGUUUCCCGAGACUGCAAGGGUCUCUUUCAAUCCAGGACAUGAAUCUUUUGCUAUAUGUUUUCUCGUUCUGAAGUCAUGAGCAGAUUAAUGUGAAAAUUUUCUGCCCAUAACGACCCAUGAAGCCAUGCAUUUGUGCACCUGUGGAAAAAACCCAUGCAAAUACAUGUUUAUAUGUUUUGUUUUUGUUCAGUUAAUCUUAUUCGGGGUUUCGAAA